CCCGUAUUGAUACUCCCUACAAACACCAUUUGCUGAUCGUUUUCUGUGCGCCCAAUCCCUAUCGCGGCGCCGUCGUCUAUCUUCUCCAUCUUCACGCAUUAUCCAUUGUCAAUCGUAUCAAUUAGCGCCCAGCCACACCGCCAAAAUGCACCGAACAUAUUCUAUGCGCCAGUCCCGCGCGCCCACGGCGUCGCAGCUCCAGAGUCCGCCCCCUCCGCCGUCGUCCACCAAGUCUGGCCGCUUCUUCGGAAAGGGAAGCUUGGGCCACGCUCUUCGUCGCAAUGCCGGUGGCGCCUUCGGGCCAGAUCUAGCCAAGAAAUUGUCCCAGCUUGUCAAGAUGGAGAAGAACGUUAUGCGAAGUAUGGAGCUUGUCGCCAAGGAGCGCAUGGAAGUGGCCCAACAAUUGUCCCUUUGGGGCGAAGCCACCGACGAAGAUGUCUCUGACGUCACCGACAAGAUUGGCGUUUUGCUCUACGAAAUCGGCGAGCUCGAAGACCAGUACGUUGACCGAUACGAUCAAUACCGCAUUACCAUGAAGAGCAUCCGCAACAUUGAGGCAUCAGUCCAGCCUAGCCGAGACCGCAAGCAAAAAAUUACUGAUCAAAUCGCCCAAUUAAAGUACAAAGAACCAAACUCCCCAAAGAUUGUAGUGCUGGAGCAGGAGUUGGUUCGCGCCGAGGCUGAAUCGCUCGUGGCAGAGGCUCAACUCUCCAAUAUCACUCGCGAGAAGGUCAAGGCUGCUUAUGUCUACCAGUUCGACGCCCUGCGGGAGCAUUGCGAGAAAGUUGCCAUUAUUGCUGGCUACGGAAAACAUCUACUCGACCUCAUCGACGACGCUCCCGUGACUCCCGGCGAGACCCGAGCUGCGUAUGAUGGCUAUGAGGCUAGCAAGGCCAUCAUCCAGGAUUGUGAAGAUGCUCUCACUAACUGGGUCACUUCCAAUGCUGCCGUGAGCUCCAAGCUUUCUACUCGAUCUCGGAACCUUUCUCAGCGACGGCGCAACACCAUCCGAGCUAGGGAAGAGGGCCAUGACUUGUCCCAUCAAGACGUGCCGUUGAACGAUAACGGCUCUUGGGUUCAACAACAAGAGACCAGACUGGACAGCGACGCAGAAGAGGAAGAAGAGGAAGAGGAUCAUCCUCACUCUGUCUUGGGUAGCGACGGAGGGAUGAACGGCGAGGCACGAGGUCGAACUCAAGAAAUUCUCGCGGCUUAAAAGGUCACCUUAUCGUCCAUGUGAACACAAAGAAAAAGAAAAUGGGGAAAUGAAAAGGGAUUCCAGUCUUGGAAAGCAAAGGCUAAUUGCCGAUGGUGUCGAUUUGAAUGCCGCCGACCUGGCGGGGGAGUUUUGGACAAGGCUGGAACAAUCACUGGUUGGGUCAAUCUGCUUAAUUCGCUUUCGAAUAGUCUUUCGGCGCGUGACUAUUCAUUAAUACCUUGUAUGAGUUACAUAGUUUUUAUAUCAAAUAAAAUAACUCCAAUACC